GCCGCAGCUGGCACCCGACCGUGGGACCCUCCUGGGGAGUGGGGGGCUGUGCACAGGGUCACGUGGUGCGUCCCAGGCCCACUCACGGGGGCUCGGAGAAUGUCACCUCUCCAUCGGGCCAUGGGGGCUCCCACCCCCACCCCCGUCCUCCUUGCCCACCCUCCCUGCGGCCCUGGCGGGACCCAGCUGGCCCGUGCACCCGUGUGUCCUGCCCUGCUCCCCCUCUCUCCCCUCCCCUCCCUGUCCUUAUCUUCCCCCCGGAUCCCGUCUCCAUGGCGACUCGCCUCCCCAGCUCAGCCUGCAUCCCAGCCUCCGCCAGGGACGCCACGCGGCUGCGUCCCCCUCCCCCGGGCCUGGUACCCGUCCUUGUCUCCUCCCCCUGGGGCGAGGCCGGAGCCAGCCUCCUCUUCCCCGGCUGUGACAUUCAUUUUCCAGCUCCGACAGGGAGGGAGCCGGCUCUUCUGGGGAGACGCCUCCCCGCACCCCACCCCCGUUCCCGACCCCCACCUGCAGCGGCCGCGGCCCGGCCAGCCCACCCGGGAGGAGCACCCAGCCUGGCCGGAGCCCGGGGCCUCCCCCGCACCCAGGCCCUCUCCGCCCGCCCGCCCCCCAUGCCGAGGCCCACCUUGUCGGUGAUUUCCUUCUGUCACCGGCUUGGCAAACAGGAAAAAAAAUGGAGCUUCAUGGGAAGCAGCAGCAACAGUUCUUCCCACUCGCCGUACCCCAAGUUGGAGCUGGGCCUGGCGCCCCGGCCCACGGCGCCACGGGAGCUCCCGGCCUGCUGCAUCUGCCUGGAGCGGCUGCGUGAGCCCGUGUCGCUGGGCUGCGGCCACCACUUCUGCGGCCAGUGCUUCAGCACCCACCGCGCCCCCGGCUGCCAGCCACCCCGCUGCCCCGAGUGCCGCCAGGCGUGCCGGCCCAGGCGGGGCCUGCGGGGCCUGGGGGAGCGGAUGCGGCUCCUGCCACAGAGGCCGCUGCCCCCCGCGCUGCAGGAGACCCGCGACGUGAAGGCGGAGCCGCUGCUGCUGGUGCGGAUCAGCGCCUCGGGGGGCCUCAUCCUGAGGAUGGGGGCCGUCAACCGCUGCCUGAAGCACCCCCUGGCCAGGGACACCCCCGUCUGCCUCCUGGCCGUGCUGGGGGAGCAGCGCUCGGGGAAGGCCUGCCUGCUCAGCCACCUGCUCCGGGGCCUGCCGGGCCUGGAGUCUGGCGAGGGCAGCUGGCCGGCGGGAGGAGGGGGCUCCCCGCAGGGGCUCAGGUGGGGCCCCAGCGGCCUCUCCAGGGGCAUCUGGAUGUGGAGCCAUCCCUUCCUGCUGGGGAAGGAGGGCAAGAAGGUGGCAGUCUUCCUGGUGGACACGGGGGGUGCCAUGAGCCCCGAACUGAGCAGGGAGACGAGAAUCAAGCUGUGCGCGUUCACCACCAUGCUGAGCUCCUACCAGAUCCUCAGCACCUCCCAGGAGCUGAAGGAGACCGAUUUGGAAAAUCUGGAGAUGUUUGUCCACGUGGCCGAGGUGAUGGGCAAGCAUUAUGGGAUGGUGCCGAUCCAGCACCUGGAUCUCUUGGUCCGGGACUCAUCCCAGCCGAGAAAGGCAGGGCCGAGACCCGCGGGUGACGUCCUCCAGAAGCUGUCCGGCAGAUACCCCAGGGUCCAGGAGCUGCUUCGGGGGAAACGUGCCCGCUGCUACCUCCUGCCCUCCCCAGGGAGACGCUGGGCCGGCAGCAAGGGCCAAGAGAGUCCAGGCGACCCCGACGGAGACCUGAGUGCCCUCCUCCACACUUACACUGCCGAGGUGCUGGGCGCGGCCCCCCAGCACGCCAAGAGCCGCUGCCGGGGGCACUGGGGCGACGGGCGGGCCCUGGCCAGGGGCGACAGGCGGCUGCUCACCGGGCAGCAGCUGGCUCAGGAGAUCAAGAACCUGUCGGGCUGGAUGGGGAGGACGGUGCCCGCAUUCACAUCUCCGGACGAGAUGGCGGCUCAGCUGCACGACCUGAGGACGGUGGACGCCGCCAAACGGGAGUUCGAAGAGUACGUGCGGCAGCAGGACUCGGCCACCAAGCGCAUCUUCUCGGCCCUCCGCAUCCUGCCCGACACCAUGCGGGGCCUCCUGGCCGCCCAGAAGGACGCCGUGCUGGCCCGCCACGGCGUGGCCCUGCAGUGCCCGGGGCGGGCGCAGACGCUGGAGGCGCUGGAGGCCGAGCUGCAGGCCAAGGCCAAGGCCUUCAUGGACGCGUACACCAUGCGCUUCUGCGGGCACCUGGCGGCCGUGGGAGGCGCCGUGGGGGCCGGGCUCAUGGGCCUGGCGGGCGGCGUGGUGGGGGCCGGCAUGGCGGCAGCAGCCCUGGCAGCGGAGGCCGGGAUGGUGGCCGCCGGGGCCGCGGUGGGAGCCACGGGCGCCGCCGUGGUGGGGGGUGGCGUGGGCGCCGGGCUGGCCGCCACGGUGGGCUGCAUGGAGAAGGAGGAGGACGAGAGGGUGCAGGGAGGGGAUGAAGAGCCCCUUCUCGGGGGAGAGUAGCAGACCCCAGGGGGGACGUGAGGCUUCCAGGAGGAGGUGCAGGGGUGGGGAGGGAGACCCCCGAUGGACCCACUGCCCAGCAUCUGGGGGGCUGAGCCGGGGGCUGGAGGCGGCUCGGGAGCCUGGGGAGGCUGGAAGGCCGGUCUGGGGAGCAGAGGACACUACAGGGGGCCUGUUUCCGGUUGGAGAGAAUCGCAAACCUGCCCCUUCCCAGAUAAACGCCACCCCAAGCCCCCACCACUAACAAGGCACUGCCCUCACGGCCCCAGGCCUCCCCAGAACCUUCCCUUGGUCCUUUCACAGGUGGGGGAGCCGUCUCCGGGUUCCGGGCCGGUGUGCUGAGCAGGGACUGGGGGUGGGGAGGGGGUGGGAGGUGAGCCCUGGGUGGGCUGUGGGGGUCUCCUGCCCCUUGGCCUCUUCCCACGCUGCGGUGGCUGCCCAGCCUCCCACUCUCUCCCUGCCACCCCAGAGCACCUGUCUGUGCCCCUUGACCUGUCCUUCUCCCCCAUCCCAUCCCCCUGCCCUCCUGGGGGAUCGGCCCUUCGUCGAGCCCGUUCAGAUGAGUGUGGAACGCCCCUAGUGCAACAGGUCAAACGCCAAAGAAUCGCCCCCCGAUGGCACAAUUUGCUGAGCCAGGUGGCCUUUGCGGCAGGCUCUGUCAGAGCCCUGCGGAGGGAAACAAGGGGAGACAAUCCUGUCCCUGAGCACCCCUGUCCCCACCCCGAGAUGCUGGGACGACCACUCCCUUCCACGUUAGCAGGAGGCCCCCCCUCGAAGCAGCUCCCCAGACUCCAGGGCUCUGCAGGGCCCUCAGGGCACAGGGUGCCUCGCCCGCCCCGGAGGCACAAGCCCUGCACUGGAAGAUUCCCAUGCCAUCUGGUCAAAAAGGAUUGGUGGCACCUUAUAUGAGAAAUAAAAUGCGUGUUCUUGACUGCCA